GCUGUAUACAAAAGGACUCAGCAGGAGCGUUCAAGGUAAGAAUGAAUCUACGGGCGGCUAUCUUAAACACCGAGUGUGGAACAAUUGCUCUGAUGCCGGACACCGUGACCCGCAAUCCCGGGACAGUCCUGCUGUCUUCCCCUUCUCUCAGCCCCACGAUCCGUACACAGGCCCUGGGAAGCUUCCGGCUGCUGAGGGAAUGGGAACCGAUGGAUCUCUCAAACAGAGCUGAGAUCCAGCUAUUUAAAUGCAAGGAUUAGGAACUCGGCGAAAGAGAACAAAAUCUUUUACAUCACCAGUUGAGAAAAUCUUCUUUGUUCUACCUCCAAUCACAAACAAGAGAAAACCCGUGGAGAGGGCACAGUUUUAAGGUGCUUGGAAGCAGGUACGAAGGAGAUGUCAGGGGUGUUGUGUUCUUUAUACGGACCGUGGGUUACUCAUAACAAACUAUAUUAGGGAAGAAUUGACCUUUUAUUUAACAGCAACAAAACCACGUUUUACACUGCCAUGCUUCUCGAUCAUUCUUCAUUUCUGCGCAUUCUCAGAACUCUGUCCAGUCACGUCCUGGCACGUGAUAUCACCACGAGGGCUGAGUUUCUUUACGCAGAGUGAUGAGUGUCUGGAAUGGGCUGCCGGCGACUGUGAUGAAGGCGGAUGCAAUCGUGUCUUUUAAGAGGCUUCUGGUACAUGGUGCGCAGAAAAAUAGAGGACUAUGGGAAACUCUAGGUAAUUUCAAAAGUAAGUAAUAUGUGGCACAGCAUUGUAGGCCGAAGGGCCUGUAUUGUAUUGUAUAAAUGGUGAAGUCACUUACCCAUGACCUCUGCUUGUCAGCCCACCCAACAUCAGUGGAAAAUGCUGCUUGCAAAUACCUCUAUCUAUACCCUUAUAAUUCUGUAUACUUCCAACAAAUCCUCAAAGCAGUGUACAAACUCCAUUUCCAAAAAAGUUGAGAUAUUUUCUAAAAUGCAAUAAAAACAAAAAUCUGUGAUAUGUUAAUUCACGUGAACCUUUAUUUAACUGACAAAAGAACAAAGAAAAGAUUUUCUAUAGUUUUACUGACCAACUUAAUUGUAUUUUGUAAAUAUACACAAAUUUAGAAUUUGAUGGCUGCAACAGACUCAACAAAAGUUGGGACAGAGUUAAAAUAAGAUUGAAAAGUGCACAGAAUAUUCAAGUAACACCGGUUUGGAAGACUCCACAUGAAGCAGGCUAAUUGGUAGCAGGUUAAAAACGAGAAGGAAUUUGUCUCCACGAAUCUCAGAUACGGCACGGCAAUUUUGCUGUCUCUGUCCCGAUAUUUAAGAAGUGGAGCAAGGGAUUCAAUCGACCAUCCUUCCUGCUCAGACUGUGGGAAUGGUUUCACUCGGUUAUCUCAGUUGAAGGUACAUCAGCAAGUUCCCACUGGGCAAGGCCAUUCAUCUGUUCUGUGUGUGAGAAAGGGUUCUAUUUGGCAUCCCACCUGCGGACAGACCAGUCCGAUCACACUGGGCCGAGGCUGGUCAUCUGCUGAAUUUCAGGGAAGGGAUUCUCUCGGUCAUCUGACCAAAUGGCACACCAGCAAGUUCAUACCGGGAAGCGGCCAUUCACCUGCUCAGACUGUGGGAAGGGAUUCACACUGUCGUCCCACCUACAGAGACACCAUCGAGUUCACACUGGGGAGAAGCCGUUCACUUGCUCGGUCUGUGGGAAGAGAUUCAGUGAGUCAUCUGACCUACUGGUACAUCAGCGAGUUCACACUGGGGAGAGGCCAUUCACCUGCUCAGUCUGUGGGAAGGGAUUCACUCAGUCAUCCAACCUACUGGUACAUCAGCGAGUUCACUCUGGGGAGAGGCUGUUCACCUGCUCAGUCUGUGGGAAAGGAUUCACACUGUCAUCCCACCGACAGAGACAUCUGCGAAGUCACACUGGAGAGAAGCCAUUCACCUGCUCAGAAUGUGGGAAGGGAUUUACACUGUCAUCCCACCUACAGAGACACCAGCGAGUUCACACUGUGGAGAAGCCAUUUACCUGCUCAGAAUGUGGGAAAGGAUUCACUCAGUCAUCCAUACUGCAGAUUCAUCAGCGAGUUCACACUGGGGAGAAGCCGUUCACCUGCUCAGACUGCGGGAUGAGAUUCACCUGCUCAUCUAAACUGAAGGUACAUCAGAGAGUUCACACUGGGGAGAAGCCGUACACCUGCUUAGACUGUGGGAAGGGAUUCACUCAAUCAUCCAACCUACUGGUACAUCAGCGAGUUCACACUGGGGAGAGGCCAUUCACCUGCUCAGUCUGUGGGAAGAGAUUCACUUGCUCAACAAAACUGAAGGUACAUCAGAGAGUUCACACUGUGGAGAAGCCGUUCGCGUGCUCAGUCUGUGGGAAGAGAUUCACUUGCUCAACAAAACUGAAGGUACAUCAGAGAGUUCACACUGUGGAGAAGCCGUACACGUGCUCAGUCUGUGGGAAAGGAUUCACUCAGUCAUCCAAACUACAGAAUCAUCAGCGAGUUCACACUGGGUAGAAGCCGUUCACGUGCUCAGUCUGUGGGAAAGGAUUCACUCAGUCAUCCCAAUUACUGGCACACCAGUCAGUUCACAAUGGGGAGUGGCUGUUGUUAUGAAUCCCUGGGUUUUGUUUGCUGUGGACUGUCAUUUUAAGAGAGAGACAGAUUAAGAAGGUGAAUCAGUCUGACUUGCAGCUUGUUUACAUCGCUCACAACUUGUUUAGUUUUAACUGAGGACACAGACACUCAGAGUCAGACGGAGACGAAGGAGGAAAAAUGGAAGGAUCGAAACCAGGGAACUGGAGGCCAAGGGUCAAUCUUUGGAACUUUCCUAUGCCCACAAUGGUGGGUUAAUUAUCGAUUCAUCGUACAUCGAAUGUGUGGUUGUCACCUCGUUUGAUCCAUAGGAGUGGAUCUGAUUUGGGGUAUCAUGUGAAGACCACUGAUGUGUUAUCCCUUGCCUGGGUGUGGUGACGAUACCCCUUGUGACAAUUUGCUUUUGGUGAUAAUUCGUAUUUGGAUUUGGAAUGACGAUGGAUAAAAUCUACAGCGAUUAUUCUCUCGCUUUACCACCAUGGAACCUGUGGAAUUCGACAUAAUUGCCUUCUCUUGACAUUUACCCCGGAUUACAAAUAUCUCCCUCAUCACCUAUUCCGUGGAUGAACUGAGCUUUCACACUUUACUAUCUCAAGACUCCUUGUUUCCCCCGUGCUCAGUAGUUUGGGAGUUAUAUUUACACACAUUUAUUCACAUAACACUGUUAACUUCUGUUUGUCUUGUUUAAAUUACAAUAUUAUAAGUAGUUAUUAAUAAAGAUAGUGGUUUUAACAUCAAAACCAGACUCCAGGUGUAGUCUAUUGCUGCUGGUUUGUUUCUAAAGCGUUACGGUUCAUAACAAAAUUGCAUCCUGCGUCCGGGAUAUGAACAAACUUGGGGAAAUAUUGAUCGAUUAAUUAUCGAGUUGAAUGGGGUGAUCCCUUUUGAUUUAUUUGUGUGUGGAAAUCAGCAGCAAUGGAUAUUUAUAUAAUUCUGGAAGCACCAACCCCUGAGGUAUUAGGAAACGCUAAAAAGAAUGAAUUGCUGACUAUUGAACCUCAAUGAGGUAAGGGGGUGUGAAGGAGCAGGGUAAGCAUAAAACUGGGAGAGCAGGUAAAGGUGAAAAAAUAGGGGUUUUAUUACCCAAAAUGUUUAUAAACUCAACAGAAUUGUUCUAGAUUCUAAACUUGAAUCAGCUAAACAGAACAAAACUGGGUUACAACAACGCAGCGAAAUACUCCUCAGACCUAGAGACACCACUCAGUUCCUGGUUGUGGGCUUAUAUUGGAUGCUGGCCAUUCAAUAGUAAAUUGCAUGGGACAGAAAACAUUCCUCUCCUUUAAAAAAUAUGCCAUAAAUGACGUAGCUCCAGAGAACACCCCUCUGGCUGUAGCAGAACCCAAUUAUCCAGCCCCAUCUACAUAGGCUGGUGUCAUGCAGCCACUGAGUCGUUUCCCAGGUUAUCAGGAGGACGGUCGGCUACAGGACACUUUAAUAGGCCCGGCUGAUGGUGCGGCUGCGAAUUGCAGACGCCACAGGGAACUAUGAGAAAGCCAGAAAUUCAAAGGAAAAUAGUUGAGCACUAUAUAUCUAUGAAGGUAUUUGAUAAGGAAGUGUUAAAGAGGUUUCCUGUGAGUAAAGAGGAGAUCCAGUUACAACUAGAACAAUUGAGGACUGAUGUACUUAGAUUAGAGGCUGAAGAAAAAGAGACAGAGGGGGUUUGAUGCUAGAGAGGCAGACAAACAGAGGGAGGAAGCAGAAAAAAAGGUGUUUUGAAGCUGAGGAAGCAGACAAACAGAGGGAAGAAGGAAAAAGACAGAGGCAUGUUCUGACAGAUAAGUUAAGGCUCAAGAAAGAAGUUGCUGUCUCAAAGGAGUUGGUUGUACCAUUUAUUGCCAGCCAGGAAGUUAAAUUGGUCCCUCCAUUUGAUGAAACCGACGUAGGUAAAUACUUCCAGCCUUUUGAGAAAGUGGCUGAAAGUCAAAAGCGGUCGAAAGGAAGCUGGACUCUUUAGUUACAAAGUAUAAUUAAGGGCAAGGCUCAACACACACAUUCUGCCCUAUCAAUUGAAAAUGCAGCUGAUUAUGUCAUUGUGAAACAGGCUGUGCUCAAAGCUUAUGUGUUGGUUCCAGAAGCUUACAAAGGCUUAGAAAUUGGAGGAAAUCUAUGAAACAGACUUACAUGGAAUUUGCUUCUGAGAAGUUUGUGUGUUUUGACCGCUGGUGCACAUAUAAAAAUAUAAAUGAUGAUUUUUACAGAUAGAAAGAGUUGGUUUUAAUAGAAGAAUUCAAAAGGUGCGUCUAUGAUGACAUAAAGAGAUAUUUAGAUGAAAAUGAUGCUGCCACUUUGCAGGAGUCUGCUAGAUUAGCAGAUGUUUGCUUUAACUCAUAAGGUUAAGUUUACCCCGAAUAAGAGCUUCCAAAAGAGUAGCAGGGAUCACCAGGGUAAACCAGAAAUUAAAGCUGGGACUAGUGACAAGAGUAAGGAUGAAGGGAAACAGUUGAAGGUGAAAUAUUCUGGUCUUGCUUGUUACUAUUGUAAGAAAGCUGGUCAUGUGAUGGCUAAUUGUUCUGUCCUGAAGAAGAAAAUGGAAAAGGUGGCAGUCCCAAAUGCCCGUGGUCAGUAUGUUGAAGCACCUAUAAACCCACAGGGUUCUGAAUAUUCUGUUGAGGCUCAGUUAAGGACUGAGAGGUCUGACCGAGUUAAGAAGGUGUUCGAUCAUUUUAUGUCAGAUGGGUUUGUAUUAGUAAAUGAAGAAUCAACCCCAGUACCAGUGAAAAUUCUUCGAGAUACUGGGGCUUCUCAGUCACUUGCAUUAGACAGUGUUCUAAAGUUUGGUGAUGAGUCUAACACUGGUGGGUUAAAUCUUAUUCAAGGCUUUGGGGGCGGUGUUGUUUCCGUGCUGUUGCACAAGGUAACUUUAUAAUCAGGAUAGGUUUCAGGACCUGUUGAGAUAGGAUUGUGCUCCAGUUUACCAGUGGAAGAUGUUACUUUGCUGUUAGGGAAUGACCUGGCAAAUGAUAAAGUUGUUCCUGCAGUGCUGUUGACAACUAAGCCAACCACUGUCGACCCACAGAUGGGUUUUACCAUUUAUCCUUCCUGCCCAGGAACUCGAAGUAUGGCUAAAAAGUCUGCCGAUGCAGUGAGUUCUGUGCAGCAUGAUUCUGAUACCCAUGAUAGCCAAAAUCCGGAUUCAGGUUAUGAUGACUCG